UUUCCGAUGAUAAACGAACAACGGAAUUUAAAUUGUCCUUAGUUUAAACUUUAAAGCAAUUAGUUACUUAAUUCGACUAAUCAGAGCAAGUGAUCUGUUUACACUGUAUGCAAAUAUUCAUUUCAGUAUCAGGUUUUGCAGAUGUUAUAGUAAAUUUAAAUAAAUUUGAAUGAUUAAUACAAACAAAAACAAUUUUCACCAUGACUGGAGAUGGAAAAUUUGCCUCCGUUUAGGUUUUUUGCAGCAUGGAUGUCCUUUGGAAUAUGUAUGACCACAGGCGUUAGCUGCUUGUUACAUUUACUCGGGGUGCAGAUAGUUUCCGAUUCAUCUUCCGUUGCACUGUUUUCUCUGGACUAUAGUAAUAAAACUUCUGUAAAUCGAAGUCGCCUGUUUGAACUGGACGGUUUAGCCAAGUGCCCACAUCCUUCCUUAUUUUUUGCACAACUCAGCCAGAUUACUGCCACUGAGUCGGCUCUCCAAGUGUCAUUUUACACUGUGGGUGUUCAUUGGGCUAACAGGCAUUUCCAGAAGGCUAUUUCAUUUCCGUUGUUCAUCAUAUGCAUUAUCUUUGGCAUUCUUGCGGUGGUGACCUUUUUAAUUAACUGCUACUGGCCAAUUACGGAUGAAAUGGAAACCCAACCGAGUGCUUACAAAAUCCGAAAAAUUCGGAUGCGAGUUCCCCAGAAAAACCAGAAAUGGUCUGGGUAUAUUUACACUCACUUAAGAGGAGAAAGAGAUAAAAAGGAUAAAAAUGAUGGCACAAACGGAGUUGAUGUUACCGACAGUAUCACGACAGAAGAAGAAGAAACAACCUUCGACAAGCAGGCUUUGCGAUUCCUUCGAAAAACUAUUAGCGCAUGUGGAAAAAGAUCUGAAAAUGAUUUGGAUGCGGUUCCGUGAUAAAAACUGCAGCACUUUAAUAAUCUGCAGACGAAAAAAAUCAUGAUGCAAAUGUGAUGGAAUUGUAAACCAGCACCUGACUUAUGGUUAGGACUUACUAUUACGCACGUAAAGUGCAUAGAAAGUUGCACCCGUUUUGUUGUUGUUAGUAUCGUCAGAAUCUGCUGAUAAUUAAAAGAUCUCACCGAGAUGAUUAGUGAAAAAUUUUCCCAAUUAAGUUAAAAUGAAGGG